AUGGGUGUGUGUGUGUUCAAUGGCUGCGCCAAGCCCGCGACCGAGGCCACCGGCAAGUGUGACUUUCAUCGGGGCCGCGCCAAGUGCAUCAUCGACGGCUGCGCCAAUCAAGUGUACGCGCGGCAGCUCUGUAUUCGACACGGAGGCAAGAAGCUCUGCAUUGCGCCCGGCUGCUCCUCGAACGCGCGGUCGGGCGACUAUUGCUGCCGCCACGGCGCCGACAACACCAAGCAGAUUUGCUCACAAGCCGGGUGCCACCGCGUUGCGCAUCUCCGACAAAAGUGUGUCCGACACGGCGGCGGGCGACCGUGCCACGUACAUGGCUGCACGACGCACGCCCGGGCCGCGGGCUACUGCUGGCGCCACCGCAAGCGGGCCAACGAAGCGGUGCUGCCUUCGGUCGAGCCGGAUGACCUUUGGAUGGACGUACUGCAAGAGCUCGCGCGCUCCGACGCUGCCGACGAGAACGCAAGCGAUUCGAGUAGCUUAUGUUGA